UUGUGUUGACAGGACGAGUAUGUGGCGAGCGCGGAUGAAAUGGCGUGUUCUGUUUCCUUUAGGAAUUACCUUUCUUGCUGGUCACAUGUUCGUUACGUUUCUUCAACUUCAGUCUAUCAAUGAAUCGGAACGUUCACUGAAGAAAAAAAGUUCGGAACUAUUCGGGACCAAUCACGAGAAAAACAUCCUGAUGAAAAAGCCACUUCACGUGUGGCAAAAUCACACGACGACACCCGAACCUACUGUCACACCCACGACGGCAACUCGACAAAUUGAACAUGAUAUGGAACGGGACGCGCAACAUCUGCAGGACUUGCGACGGCAUCAAAUUGAGAGCGCAUGUUCUGAUGACGUCAUUGGUUCUGUAGACCGAAUAAUUCAGUAUGACAAUAUCUCCUACUGCAUCACACAUAAGGUAGCCUCAACGUACUGGGUCAGAAUCUUCAGAUAUCUCUACAACGACACUGCUACAGGACAUGUCAAAAGUCCCUUUGAAAUAAGCAAAUAUGACACUCAUUUGCUGAAAUACAAAUACAUCAAGGAGAUUACACUGAAUUCAGCGACAGAAAGUGCCAUAAUGAACACUUUCCGUUUUAUGUUUGCUCGUGAACCGUAUUCUCGGCUUUGGUCAGUAUUUAUUGAUAAGUUUAUACUUCCAGAUAACUUUUUUUGGAGGACAUACGGUUCUGAAAUAAAAAGGUUGAGAAAAGAUGGUACAGCGAGGAAGUUGUGCGAUCCUAUUUCGUUUCCGGAAUUUCUAGGGUAUAUUGCAAAUUAUGGAACCGAAAACGCUGCGAAAUUGGAUGAUCAUUACCGACCACUUCAUUACGGAUGCAACCCGUGUCAAUUGAAGCCACAUUUUAUAGGCAAGCUGGAGACAAUGGGUGCUGACAGUCGAUAUAUCCUCGGAAAACUGGGAAUAUCUUGGGUCUCGGAUGUACACAAUCAUGAAUCACGAAUAAGGGAAGAAAUAGCAAUGUUAAUACAGUUCAACUACAAGAUGCAACGCUAUCUGUCAUCCUGCGUAUCAUAUAGCGAUUUAGCAGGAAGACUAUGGAAGGCGUUUAAAAUCAAUGGGUAUAUACCAGCCACUGCCGAAUUGACUUUAACAGGUGAGACUUUAAAGAGGGGAGACGUAUUUUUUGAGUAUGUGUGGCGAGUUUUUAAGGCGGCAAAUAGAACGUCGAAUGUGAUGGCGAUGCAAAGGACGUCGAUGAAGCUGCAGGCUUAUAAAGAUGUACACAUUGACGUCCUUGAGGGAAUUCAAAGGAUGUUCAAAUUGGAUUUUGAAUUAUUCGGAUAUGACCCUGAACCCGCGGAUAUUUUCGGGCGAGCAGAUUUGAGAUAUUGACUUGGUUCUUUUUAUUAUGUAAUAAACA